UAAAUCAACAAAAUUUUAUUUGUGCGAUUGGACUUAACUGGGUAGAGAUAAUUGAAAAUUAUAGUCUCUUUAUUUUAAUGAAUUUUAUAUGUUAAUUAUGUACAGUUAUGAGCGCUUAAUGCCUAAGUCGUGGAAUUCAUCAUACCUUUGCUGGGGGGUGGAAUGCAAAGAGUUAACUAUAAGAGCUUGUUGCCCUCCUGGAGCUCCAGAUGGCGUAGUAACCAAUUUUGAAAUUAAAACAUUUGAUCGAUCUGCAAACCCACACCUUGGUCUUGCCUGUAUAAUUAUUGCUGGGAUCGACGGCUUGCGCAGAAAUUUACCAAUUCCAGAUCCAGUAGAGCCAGAAGCUGAUGUCUUCGAUCAUAAUGAUGACAAUGAUGAUAACAGAGUACCAGCUUCUCUUAGAUGCUCUAUAAUCCAUAUAUUCUCUGAUGAAUGGUUUAAAGAAAUGUUGGGUGAGAACUUUUUGAUCACCAGACGAGGAAUUUGCAGCGAUGAAAUCGGACACUACAUGAUGGGUAGAGACGAAAAAUACGGGCACUGUGUAUUCAAUUUUUAGGUUUAUCACAUGCAUCAGAGAGAUCAGGAUGGUUCAUGUUGUUAAUUAUUAUAUUUGAACAUUCUUUGCU